AACGGCACAAAACAAAAGCCUAGUAUGUAUAUUCGGUCUUAGUUCACAGUAUUAUUUUGCAACGUUGAAAGGAGUGCUGUACAUCAAUUUUGUCUAUAAUAAGAUGUUUUCCCGUUUGAUUUUGCUGGUCACCCUGUUUUUGGUUGUCGAAGGGAAUUAUUUUUGCGGUUGUCGAGAUGGCAAGAAUGGCAGAGAUGGUAAGGAUGGUCGCGAUGGUAAAGACGGUCGCGAUGGAAGUGAUGGCAGAGAUGCAUGUCAGGCCAUGAAGCAGAAGCCUUCGAUCCAUUUGGACGGAGCUCUAGAAAAACAUGCCACCAUUCAGCCUAACACAAAUCUUGACUCAUGGAGCACUGCAGCUCCAGCUGGUCACGUGUCAGGAGGUAUGAAGUACCAUAAAGGUGUAAUAACGGUCCCUGUGGAUGGAGUAUACUUUGUUUAUUGUCAGGUAUAUUAUGGCAAACCGAAUUCUGGUGGUCGCCAUCGUAUUUUCGUAAACAACAAGYCAAUGGCCCUUGCUGGGAACAAUGGUGAUCCAAAAGAAGGAACCGAAUACACGGGGCUUGCUUUGAAACUUAAAGCUCGAGACAAGCUGACCUGCAGGUUGUCAUACACUAGCCGUGUGUGGCUGGGAACACAUCACACGUUCUUUGGAGCAUUUCUCCAGUAACUGGAGAAGUGUUGCUGCUCAGUGAUCAGUGAGAUCGAAUUAGAAAUAGAAGCAUUGUAACAAUUAUAAAGAUUGUUGAGUAAACCUGUAGUAGAAGAACAACAA